AUGGCCGCUAAAUCUGAUGGUGCACCCGUCUCUCUGCGAAACGAGAUCCCGCCCGAGUGCCCGUCCAGGUCGAACCAUCGGCUCCCCCAGCGCCGUCCUGCUGAGCAGCGCUACUCCCUCCCUGACUGCUGCUGGACGCUCUGCGCCCUUUUGGUCUUCUUUUCGGACGGGGCCUCAGACCUGUGGCUGGCCGCGGACUACUAUCUAAGGAGUGACUACUGGUGGUUUGCACUGACUCUGGUCUUUGUGAUAGUCCCGUCCGUGGUCGUGCAAGUGCUGAGCUUCAGAUGGUUCGCCUACGAUUUCUCGGAGAGCACCGAGAGCGGCACGGCAGCGGCCGCCGUGGUCGCCGCGUCGGGAGCGGAGGGCGACUUCAGCACCAAGGACAGCGACGAGCGGGGCGCUGGCCGCACUGCCGCGGUCGAGGUGCUGCCGAGGACGGGCACCGGGGGAGGAGCCCGGGGCUGCUGCAGAGCCUUCAUGUGGCUCUUCCAAGCCAUCGUGCACGUCUUUCAGCUGGCACAGGUCUGGAGGUAUGUCCAUGCCCUGUAUUUGGGUGUGCAGAGCCGCUGGCGUGGGGACCACGAGCGCCAUCACUUCUAUUGGCGCAUGAUGUUUGAGAGUGCUGACAUCAGCAUGCUGCGUUUGCUUGAGUCCUUCCUGAAGAGUGCCCCUCAGCUGGUGCUGCAGCUCAGCAUCAUGAUCCAGGCCAGUCAGGUCCUGCCACUUCAGGGGCUCUCAGCCUCCGCCUCGCUGAUAUCCCUGGCCUGGAUGAUUGCCUCCUAUCAGAAAGUCCUGAGGGACUCCAGAGAUGAUAAGCUGCCCAUGACCUACAAGGCAGUCAUAGUUCAGAUCCUGUGGCACCUGUUCACCAUUGGCGCCCGCACAAUGGCCUUUGCACUGUUCGCCUCAGUGUUCCAGCUUUACUUUGGCAUCUUCAUCGUGGCCCAUUGGUGCAUCAUGACAUUUUGGAUAAUUCAAGGCGAAACAGACUUCUGUAUGUCCAAAUGGGAGGAGAUCAUCUACAACAUGAUGGUGGGCAUCGUGUAUGUUUUCUGCUGGUUCAGUGUGAGAGAGGGGCGCACCCGCUGCAGGAUGCUCAUCUACAGCCUGACUGUGUUCAUUGAGAAUGUGGCGCUCACUACUGCGUGGUACCUGUACCGAGGCCCACGUACCUCAGACUUCUACGCUGUCAUCAUGGUGUGUGUGGUGGCCAGCAGCUAUGCUCUGGGCACCUUCUUCAUGUUUGUGUAUUACUGUCUGCUGCACCCUGAUGGUCCAAUCUCAGGGUGGGGCUACAUUGUGGAGAAGGAAGAGGCUGCCGAGUCCCUUGCCUCCCCAGCUUCUACCCUUCCCCCUGACCUGGUGAGCAGCCCACCCAGGACCCUUCAGAGAACUAAAGGGGCAGACAGAGAGCAAGGGUCUGGGAUAGAUGGGGAUGUGUUUCAGGUACGAUCAGCUCGGGGCACACAAGCCCCAGUGCCCCGCCUCACCCCCAGGACUGAGGGGCCUGUCAUCCGAAUAGACCUGCCUAGGAAGAAGUACCCUGCCUGGGACGCCCACUUCAUUGACCGCCGGCUACGUAAAACCAUCCUGGUGCUCGAGGGCGCUGCACCAGUCACGCCAAGGAUCCAAUACCGCUGUCUGGGCACCCCCAAAGAAGUGAUGGAGUAUGAGACCACCGUGUGAUAUUGAUGCUGAAGGUGCUGUGACUCAGCUCGCUGCCAUGCAGACAUCCCAGCUCAAAAUGGCACACAGAUGACACUCCCUGAGUAGUCUAUUUCAGAUGCACACCUACUCGGUUGCUCUCGGUACCGUCAAGCACCGGCGGGAAACUGACAGAGAAAAGACGAGAAAAUGGCGUGUAGUGUCUUUUUCUUUUUACAAGGCAAAAUCCUGUGAAGCUGUUUAAUGAUGGUGUGUAAUUAGGUUUCUGUAUCAUUUCUCAGGUCAAGGUGUGGUACAGAAUGAAGUCGCGGAGUGUGGUUAAAGAGUCAGCAGCCGUCUAGUGAAAUUACAGAGAAGCACAGGCAGAGAAGUGGAGUUUUAUGAUUAUCAAUCAGAGGUAGAAUAUCCUCAGUGAAGGUGCUUCAACACAUCCUCUCAAGGCAGUUAAUACCAGAGACAAGACUUCAACAUGCAUGAAUAUGUAUGGCAGCUAGCACUGACACAUCAUGCGGCAAGGUGCAGCAGGGUGAGGAGGCAAGUCGUUUUAAAAUGGAUAACUCACAUCGUUAUUUCAAACACGGUCUACAACACAGGCACUGGUCCUCAUCACUUCCCAUAGCUAUUCACUCAUGUUGAAGUAAUCUCCGGAAAAAAACAAACAA